GUACAUCUUCAGCUUCCCCCUCUUGUUCAAGCGGGAAUACGACGACCAGGAGAGCUUGUGAUGAUUCAUCUGGUUCUGCACCAUAAGGAAAACGUGUUUCGUCAAACUUGACAUCUCGGGCUACGAUGAUCUUCCGAUGCUUUCUGUUCCAGAGCCUGUAGCCAUUAGGGGCAUACCCCAUCAUGACUACUUCCACGCUUUUUGGAUCGAGCUUCUUCCUCGUCUGGCUUGGAAUCCACGCAAAUGCCUUGCAUCCGAAUAUGCGAACCUUCUCUACACUUGGCUUCGUACCGAACCACAGUUCAGCUGGCGUCUUUUCACACUGGAGGCUUGCCAUAGGACUUCGGUUCAGCAGGUACACACCGGUGUAGGCGGCUUCAGACCACAAAUUCUUUGGGACCUGUGAAUCGAAGAGCAUAGCACGUAUCUUCUCGAUGAGCGUCCUGUUGAAACGUUCUGCUACACCGUUCUGCUGGGGAGUAUAAGCGACCGUUGGCUCCACUUGAAUGCCUUUGGAUCUGUACCACGCCUUCUGUUCGUUGGAGCAGUACUCCCUUCCUUGAUCUACGGUCAGUCUGGAAAUCGCCUUGCCUAUCGCCGCUGUAGCCAUUGCUUCGAACUCACGGAAUUUCUCGAAAACUUGGGACUUCUUCUUCAUCAGGUAGAUAAUCACGAAGUGCGUGUGGUCGUCGAUAAAGGAAACAAAAUAUCGCGACCCGUCCCACGCCAGUGGAUCAAUAGGACCACAGACGUCCGAGUGGAUUCGUUCCAACACCCGGGUUGCUCGCUGUCUAGUUCCGCUGAAAGGUUCGCGGCACUGCUUACCUUGUACACAGGGAUCACAGAACUCAAUGGCCUUUGGUUUCACGUUGAUGCCAUUCACCAUGUUGUGCUGCACCAGUUUUGCCAUCGCCUUUUCAUUGAGAUGGCCAAGUCGACGAUGCCACAAUUCGCUCGCCUCUGCAUCGCACAUGUUUGCUGCCGGUGGAUCCACGUUGAUUUCCAACUCGUACAGACUGCCCUUCAAAUGGGCCGUGGCAAUCACUUGGUUCUCCUUCCGUAACACUGCUUGACGACCAUCAAACAGCACCGAAAUUCCAGCAAUUGCCAGUCGUUUAACGGACAUCAGGUUAUCCCGUAGGUCGGGGAUAUACAGCACCUCGUUGAUAUUUACCCGAACACCUUUGUUGCUGCAGCCAUCGAUCACGCCCUUCGUUCUCGCCACGAGUGUUUCGCCGUCCUUGGCAACUUGAAUAACGAUCGGCUCAGCCAGUCUUGAAGACGACGAAAAUACCCUGGCAUCAUUAAUCAUAUGGUCGCUUGAUCCAGAGUCCAACUUGAAGGUGACCUUUUCGCUCUGCCGCCGGCCUGAUUUUUCACGGUUGACCAUAAAGCUCACAGAACCGCUUCCUGAAGCUACGUUGGCCUCACCGUUGUUCCUCUGGCGGCAAUCUUUCUGCAUGUGUCCCUUCCGGCCGCAUUUGUGACACUUGCCUUUGAACGUUUUCGGUUUAACUUUACCUUUUUCGCCGAUGAACGCCGUUGGCUUCUCCACCACAUCAUUGUGCCGGUCACGCUGCUUCCCCUCCUCUGCCAGGAGCCGCUGCUUGACGGUAUCGAAUUUCAAAUCUUCGUCGCCUAGGUUUUCGAGCGCCGUGAUUAACGGAUCAAAAACUUCCGGAAGAGUCCCAAACAGCGUCACGAUCAAAUCCGCUUCAGCUAACUCUCCGCCUGCCUGUUUGAGCUGCCGAAUCAGGUCUUCGAAAACCACCAGAUGACCACGCAUGGAAUGGCCUUCCUUCAUCCUCAACCGUCCAAUCUGCUUCCGAACCAGGUUCUGCGUCACCAGAGACUUCUUAGCAAAGGAAUUUUCGAGAGCUUGCCACAUUUUUUUCGCAGGAGUUUUAUCUCGAACGAUUUCCAGGCAGUCAUCGCCAAGGAAACCAAUCAACAGUGACUUCGCUUUUCUGUCCGUCUCAUCAAAUUUCGUCUUCACCGCGGCCUCCGCAGUGUCCGCUGGGGGAUCAUCUGUCAACGUCUUGACCACUCCUUGCGCGUCCAGGAACAUCCGUACCCGGAAACUCCAGUUGUGAAAUCUAGGACCUCCGCUGAACUGGGGUAUUCCGUGCAUCGAAUCCUUGCUUGAAGUACCCAUAACCUCUUGAGUGGUAACGAUUUGGAAGAUUUCAGGAAGCUUGAAAUAAAGACGACUAGUCUUGAGGAGUGAAACUAGUGAAGUGAACAUUUAAACAAAAUAACAAACUAGGUUGCUAGUGGUCUAAGGUUGGUAGUCGGUACAAAUAAACAUAGGGUUGCUUAGACUGGAUGACUACACUUCAACAAGAUUGUUAGUGCGCAGUGAUUAUGAUCGACGUAAAAGGCGCCUUCAAAAGAGCCAGGUGGGAGGUUAUCUAUGAUGCGCUAAGAAGAAUGAAGGUCUAUGGCUAUUCUUAGUAGUUAUUUCGACAAUUGGAUCUUGGUAUACAGACAGGGGGAAAAUUAAAGAAUAUCUCGGCAGAAAUUCUACAGGAUUUUAUCUUAAGUAAUGCCCUGGCUUUGCAACACGGUGUAUGACAGCGUGCUCACACUGUCCCAGAGGUGUGAAGAUCGUGGGUUUCGCGGACGUCAUCGAAAUAACGGUAAUCGGUGAGAUGCUCCAAGAAGUGUGAAAUAAUACAGCAUCGGCAAAACAUUGAGACCACUGCUCAAGCAAAUAAAGAAAGUGCCAAAACUUUAAGAAAAAUAAACCAAUCCAGUGCUUCAAUCUAGUCUAUAAUAAUAAAUUUGCAUUGUUCGAAGAAAUUUAUAACAUCUGUAGUUGAAACAAUAAACAUUCAUUAAAAUUUGCGUUUUAAGCAUACUUAACAACUAAAAUGACGCGACAAAAUUUAGGACCAGUUCCUCAUUUCAGCUGUUCGAGUGUUGUUUCGACCGAUUUUUUAAGAAAAUCGAUUGUUUCUCGGUGGUAUUUUGUGUUUUUCGGAUCCUGGUAAGUAUUUAUCAUGUAAACAAGAAGUAUGUAAGGUUUUAAUUCUAGAAUUCUCAACGAAAAAUGGGUCGCGCGCAUAAUUGCACGAAAACACAGCGGAUGGUCAUCCGCAAAGUGUCCAAAACAGGCAGCAGCCAACGCGAAAUCGUAGAGAACUUGGAACGAUCCAGAACCUUCCUGUUUAAUGCCCUCCACGACCGCAAAAAAUCCGAAACUACUGGACGCCCAAGGACAACGACCGCGAAGUAUGGCUACCAAAAAGCGAGCCUCCAAGAAAUUCCCUUCAAGGCCCCGAAAAAGAUCCGGGACGAACUGAACUUGACCGUGAGUUCCGGGACAGUUCAGCGGCGACUGAUCCCGAUGCUGAAGGCGAAGCAUCCGAAUACGUGGCUGAGGUUUGGGAAAGACCGAUUCGAUUGGAUCGGUCCGGAGAAGAGAAAUCAGUGGCGAAAUAUACUGGGGUCGGAUGAGACAGAGGUAAACCUCAUGUGCUCGGACAGAAAAACUUGAAUCCAUAGUCCAAUAGGCUGCGCUUAUCUGCCACAGUAUACCACGAAGAAAAUCAAGCAUGGAGGAAGGAGCAUUAUGGUGUAGGGGUGAUUCUCCUGGUACGGUGUUGGCAGCCUGUACUGGUUGAUGAUAUCAUGGAUCAGUACCUCUAAGCCCAAAUCCUAAGGGAUGUUAUGCUGACACGCCGAGUGGGAGAUGUCCCUGAAAUGGCAGUUCAUGAAGGAUAACGGUCCGAAGCACACCGUCAAGACUGCCAAAAAGUGGUUCCAGGAUAACAAAGUCGACGUCAUGGAGUGGUCAACGCAGUCACCGGAUCUGAACGCUAUAGAGAACCUAUGGAAGAUCGUGGAAUGGUCGAUGCACACGGAGAAGUCGAAGAAUAAGCAGCAAUUGUGGGAUUGGAUCCAAGCUUGUUGGUACGCAAUCCCGAUCACCACGUGCUAGAAGCUGGUGGAAUACAUGCCGAACCGGGUGCGUGAAGUGAUGCGUAACAAAGGAUACACGAUCUCGUACUUACCCUAGAAGCUUUUUACGAUGUAUAAUAUCAACGGUCUUCAAAAAUUGUGUGACACACUUAUAGAGCAUCCUUCCUGGACACUUGCACACGUGAUCGCUCACUUCAAUCUGGUUGAUUAUAUUUCUAACCCGAAAAUUGUGGAAUCAAUCGGAGAUCCAGACCAUGCGGAACUUUUAACUCCCUUGCAGAUAGCUACAAAGGCCAACAAUAUCGAAAUGGUGAAGGCCCUGCUACCAGUUAGCAACAUAGAACACUUGGACAACAGUAGCAAUUCGGUGUUUCACUUUGCGGCUAGCACUACUAAGGAAAUGAUUAAUCUCUUGACGGCAAAAAGUACCUCAAAUCUAAACCAUUGUAACACGGAUGGCUACACUCCACUCCAUUUGGCUUGCUUGGCAGAUAAGCCGGACUGUGUGAAAGCUUUGCUACUAGCAGGGGCCGAUACGAACAAAAUGGCACGUUGCGCUAGCAACACUUACGCCAAAUCGGCCACAUCAAAACCUUACUUCCCAGGCAAUGUAGCGGACUUUCUCGUAAGUAACCCAAAUAAGCUGUUUACCCAGGACAUGAAACACGGUGGAACCCCAUUGCACUGGAGCUCGAGCAGGGAAGUGCUCAAUUCGCUGAUUGAGAGAGGAUGUGAUGUCAAUUUGGUCAACUUCAAUGGCCAAACGCCGUUGCAUGUCAUGGUAACCCGAGACCGGCUGGAAUGUGUUGUGGCACUACUCGCCCACGAGGCAGAAAUCAACGUAGUUGACAACAAUGGGAACACUCCGUUGCACAUUGCCGUUGAAAAGAAGCUUAUUCCGAUCGUUCAAUGCCUAAUUGUUUUCGGAGCCGAUAUCAACAAACCUAACAAGGAAGGGAAAACUCCACGACACAUGGUGGGCAGAGAUGAUUGUGGUUCGAAAGAGGCAAUGACUCUGUACAUUUUGCACUCGGUAGGUGCUAAGAGAUGCCCCGAGAAUGGGGGAAGUAAAUGUCCACCAGGCUGCUCGGCAAAGGGUUCGUACAAUGGGAUCCCACCGGUGCAACCGGAAACCAGCGAACAACGCGAACACAUCCAACAGGUUCUUGCUCGUACCAGUAGGUCGCAAAGAAACAGCAUUCCUAGUUUGAUCACAAAUACAAUAAAAAAUGUUCGCGAGGAAAGGGAAAGAGAAGCUAGAGAAGAGCUAAAGACAGUGGAUGUGACACAAGAGCGCAAAGGAGCCAGUGUAAUGGAUGCGCUGCUGUCGAUGUUCACCAACAAAGUAGAAGCCGCUGCGAAACCAAUUACACCGGGAUCAUCAUCCAAAGGUUCACCCACCAGUAGACACUCAAUUGAUAUAGGCGACGAGAUGAUAGUUGACGAGCCUACGUUUAGUUAUUUGAAUUCUACACGGCCUACCUCCUCGGGCGAAUAUCACGGACGCGGAAGACUACUUUGUCUGGAUGGUGGUGGUAUCCGCGGUCUUGUACUGGCCCAAAUGUUGCUUGAAAUAGAAAAUCUUGCACAAACUCCCAUUAUACAUCUCUUUGACUGGAUCGCUGGCACCAGCACGGGUGGCAUACUCGCGCUUGGGCUUGGCUGUGGCAAAACAAUGAAGCAAUGCAUGUGUUUGUACCUACGCAUGAAGGAUCAAGCUUUCGUUGGAUCGCGACCCUACCCUAGUGAUCUACUAGAAUCGGUAUUGAAAGAUCAGCUCGGAGAAUUCACUGUAAUGUCUGACAUCAAACAUCCUAAGCUGAUGGUGACGGGAGUAAUGGCUGACCGAAAGCCGGUAGAUUUACACCUAUUUCGCAAUUACAAAUGUGCUAGCGAUAUCCUAAAUAUCGCUACACCAUCAAACAGCCGAAGGCAACCACCUCCGCCACCGGAAGAACAACUGGUUUGGCAAGCGGCUAGGGCAACAGGGGCAGCCCCGUCAUACUUUCGGGCUUUCGGUAGUUUCCUAGAUGGAGGACUGAUAGCGAACAAUCCUACACUGGACGCGAUGACCGAAAUACACGAAUACAAUAUGGCUCUAAGAAGCGUCGGAAGAGAUGCAGAAGUUGUUCCGCUUUCAAUUGUGGUUUCCCUUGGUACUGGACUAAUUCCUGUUACAGAACUAAAGGAUAUUGACGUGUUUCGACCGGACAGCAUAUGGGCGACAGCCAAAGUAGCUUACGGUAUAUCCGCUAUAGGUAAUCUCUUGGUGGAUCAAGCAACCGCAUCGGAUGGCCGUGUCGUGGAUCGUGCCCGAGCUUGGUGUAGCAUGAUAUGUGUUCCGUACUAUCGUUUCAAUCCGCAGAUGUCGGUGGAUAUUGCAAUGGACGAAAAGAUAGACGAACCCCUGAUCAACAUGCUGUGGGAGGUAAAGGCAUACAUGUACGCCAAUCGGAAAAAACUCAUUGAAAUGAUAAACUUGCUAAAAUAAUAAAACUGGGUGUGGUUUUUCUCUUCGCUUAUGAGAAGUCGGAUGAUUGUUUUACGUAUGAAGAAGAAAAUAACGUUGUCAGCGACAAUACACAAAUACUUUUGAUAAAUAACGAAUUGAGGAAAGACUUUUAGCAAAAAAAAACUUUUUCCAAUAAACAAACUUGAAUUGAAGAUAAUUAUGUUUCAAAUUUUCUUGGGUAUUUAUUUUUUGUAGGCAGAAUUUCUAUUACCGAUAUCAGAUAAGGAAUAACAAAUAGUCGGUGACAAAUUCCUUCUCGAGUAUUAUCGCUAUUCAAACAACAGCUAUUUUGAGGGCCUGUUUGUCCAUUUCCCCACCUAGAACACAAUAAAUUUAUAGAAAGUAGACAGAAACAUAGACCACCAAGAAAAAAAACUGAACAAAUUGUUAUCUGCAUUCUAUUCGUUCGAAGCUUCGAAGCACUGUUGAAAUUAACGUUUAUACAAAAAAAAAACAAAUCUGAUCAGAUUUUAUACAGGUAACUGAAAAUUCAUGAGUUUAAAAAAAGUCGAAAUAAUAUUCGUUAGGAAUAGGAUCUUUGCUUCCUUGAACACGUUUACACCGGCAUUGCUUCCAGUUUCUCUGUAUAGGAUGGUACUAAAAAUGAGUUACAUUAAGAAGGAAUCGAAAUUUGAGUGAGUGAAAGUGUAAAAGCUUUUUAACAAUUUACUACGAUGAACACAGCGCUGCGUGAAGCCGUAUUCCCGAUUCAUUCGCACUCAAUUUCAAUUAAGACGAGUUGGCUAAGAAUUCAUAAAUUAAAAUAUUUAAGAAGUGUGAAGCCGCCGAUAAAUGGAACCGCGUUAUAAAAAGCGAUGUUACAAAAUUUAAAAAAAACAAACCUUUUUGUCGUUUGAUGUCAACCCCAUGACCGGUAAUCGAUGUGAGUAUAUAUGAAUGGUGAUAUUAUUGUAUGUUUAAAAAAUAAAAAGUACCUAUGCGAGGUUAUAUUUGGAACUAUUACGUUAAUAAAUUGUUUUCGAAGAGCCACGUACAUACA